UCGUUUUCUUUGCUGUUGCGUUGGAUAAAUGAGAAGGAAUGACACGGAUACGUUGAGUUUAAAUGAUGCUAACCUUUCCGACAUUUCGCAGUUGGACGCAGCAGGUUGUCUCACUCAUGCGUGGCCUCGGUGUGUUGUAUUUGAACGAUGUGCGCUGCGGUUUCAGCAUCCCGCAGGCACUUUGUGACGAAAAGAGAGGAGGACUGGAGCGGAGAGAUCGAGAUUAACGGAGCGGGCUCGACGGUAGGGCUGCUGGUAAACACUCGGCCGAAGCUAAAAACAAAGCUAGCGGGAGGAGACAGGGACAGACGCGGGGACACAACAGGAAGCAGGUGGACCAGAGAUGGGAACUGAUACGGAUCUGCUGUAAAUCUAUCUCCCCGAACGAGAUGUCCUUCACAAUGGAGGAUAGCUUGGAGUCGGGAUGGGUCGCGGUUCGGCCGAAUGCGUUUGAGGAAAAGGAAAAGCACAAGUUUGUUUUUAUCGUGGCCUGGAAUGAAGUUGAGGGUAAAUUUGCCAUUACGUGUCACGACAGGACGAUUCAGAGGAGAAGCUUCUGCAGGGACCUUCAGGCCGAGCUGAGCCCGGAGGAGCAUGGGGACAAAACAAAACGUCCUGAAUUAAGUCCCAUCAGGGAUAAAGUCUCUCUGAGCCCGAGCAAAGUAGGGUGCAGCCCUAAAAGUAAGUCCGCAUCCAAACCAAGUCCUGUCAAGAGUACAGAGGUGCUGGUAGGAGAGGACCAGCUGUCCCCCUCUCUGGACCUGCAGGAGCUGGACAUGAGCCGAGAGGACUGCAGCUGGGCCGGGCUCUUCUCCUUCCAGGACCUUCGGGCGGUCCACCAGCAGCUGUGCUCCGUCAGCUCGGCCCUGGAGCCCUUCCUCCCGGUGUUUCCGGAGGAACCUGCCGGGAUGUGGACGGUCCUGUUCGGCUCGGCGGAAGUGUCCGACACGGAGAUGGACGAGCUGUGCCACGGCUUGCAGGUGUACCUCGGUCACGCGCUCAACACCUGCGGGUGGAAGAUCCUGUCGCAGGUUCUGUUCACGGAGAACGACGACCCAGAUGAGUACUACGAGAGCCUGAGCGAGCUCAGACAGUCCGGGUACGAAGAGGCGCUCAGCCGGGCAACAAAGCAUCUGCAGGAGCUGCUGGAGAAGCACAAAUCCACAGACAGCAUGGUGGAGCUGUUGGAGCUGUAUGAAGAAGAAGACCAGGCCUAUGGAGGCCUACUGGAGGCCUCAACACAGCUGUACCAGUACCUGCUGCAGCCCUUUAGAGACAUGAGGGAGUUAGCCAUGCUGCGCAGACAGCAGAUAAAGAUUUCUUUGGACAAUGACUACUUGGGCCCAAGGCGGAUUGAAGCUCUAAAAAAGGAGGACUCUGACUGGCAGAAGAAAGCUCAAGAGGCAGUUCUAAACAUCCAGGAGUUUACUGUAAAAUACUUUGAGAUCACUGCCAAAGCCCAGAAAGGGCUGUACGAGCGCAUGAAAGUGGACCAGCGAAAGUUUGGGAAAUCUUCAUGGACAGCAGCGGUGGAGCGCAUGGAGAGACUGCGCUACUCUGUCGCCAAGGAGACCUUACAGCUUCAGAGAGCCAGGGAGAUCUGUCUGGAGCAGAGGAAACACACACUUCGAGAGGAGAUGCAGAGUCUCUGCAGCAGUGAAAAAGCGAUGGCCCUCCUGGACCACAUGGAGACACAGUACUAUGAGCUGCAGCUCCAGCUGUAUGACAUACAAGCUGAGAUACUCCACUGUGAGGAGUUACUCCUCACUGCACAAUUAGACAGCAUUCGCAGGCAGAUGACAGAGCAUCAGGAUGAGGUGGUGUACUAUGACACCUUUGAAAGUGCAGAUGAUAUAACGGAGGAUGACGCUGCCCAGCGAGAGGAGCUGCGCAGGCUUCAGGCCAGCGCUCGACAGCUUGAAGCAAGAAGGGGUCGCAUUAAUGCCAAGCGCUCUUAUCUAUGGAACAAAAGGGAAAUCUGUGUGUCCAAUCACACUCAAAAACAGCAGAGACGUCAAAGCAUUCAUAAGGACACUUUGUCCCACCUUGUCUUGCAGCAGAAAAAUGAAGAUGAGAACGAGGAGCUGAAGAACAGCAGAGUGAGUCAGGAGAGGCAGAGAACUCUCGACAGGCUGCGCACCUUCAAGCAGCGAUACCCGGGUCAGGUGAUUCUGAAGUCCACGCGGCUCCGUUUGUCUCACACCAAAAGAAGAGAGCGUGGCAGGAGCACGGACAUGAGCGGCGUGAGUGAGAGGGAGGAGGGUGUGGACUCUGUCGGCGUCCAGACACAGCAGCAGCCGCUGUGUCUCAGUACGAGCAUGCAGACGGACCCAAGUCCUACGCUCACCACUCAGCCCGUUGCAACACUCACAGCAACAGUUCCUCCUCUGCCCGUGCCCAGUACGGCCGACUCCUCCUGCUCCCCUUGCUCCUUCUCCUCGCUGCUGGCGUCCCCCAUCUCCCUUCCUCCACCGCCACCCCCUCCACCUCCACCACCAACUAAGGAGGAGUUGUCGCCUUCUGGGAGUGCAGGCCAGCACGGGCAAAAGGCUGAGGGGAAGAUUGCAGAAGAUUUCUUGUUCCCCCCGCUCGGCCCGUUCAUCCCUCGUUUUUUUGACAGCAGCCAACUGGUGAGUGCGCGGAAAAAGUUGAGGAAGACUCCAGAGUUUGACUCCCACAGCAGAAGAGUGAGCUCUCCCAUGGACGAGGUGCUCGCCUCCCUCAAGAGAGGAAGCUUCCAUCUGCGGAAGGUCGACCAGCAUUCUCUGCCCACCACUAAGGACGACGACGACCCCAACAGCAUCCUGGCUCAAAUCCGCAAGGGGGUCAAACUUAGACGGGUCCCUUGUAAGGACACGAGAGACCAGAAAGAGCUCCUUGCAUCCACCGACCCGCUGACGAGGAGCAUCCACGAGGCGCUGCGUCGCAUCAAAGAGGCCUCGCCAGACUCGGACUCAGACGAUGAUGGGCUGGCAGGCCCAGACUGGGAAAGUUAGAGGUGCAUCAGAAAACAAACGACAGCACAUUCUGACUCUACAUGGACUGUUUUGCACUGUGUUGCAAACACACAAAAAUCACUCAAGCACCCAGUCGCACACGUAACUGGUUAUCGAUCCAAGACCAGCUCUGACCAGUCGCCCACGAUCAGCUUGUUUAGAUGAUUUUCACACUACAUUCAUCAUCAUGAAGGACAUGCUUUUUUUGGUUGUUUUAAAUGGUUUUAUUUCUGUCACCAGGAUGCCAUGUUUCUAUCAGUUGUACUGUAAAAGGUCUGCAUGUCACCUACACACUGCACUGACUGAGCGACACUGACGACUGCGCACGGGAGCUGAGAACCUUUUCAUUCAGCCAAGAGCAUUUUUAAUAAGAAACCAAACUGCAGCAAAAAAUAUGUUACUGGUAUGACUGGUAAUCUGGGGUUUUACGGUAGAUUUAGAACUGAAUAGAAGAUUAUGCAGAGACUCAGACUGGGAUUACUGGAUUUACUGUCCAGAUUGUAAACCAUCGAGCGUCGCCUCCUUUGCUGUUGAUUCAACCAGUGCUUUGUCUGGGCUUCAGACGUCACUUUCUUCUCUUUCCUGUGGGAACGUCAAGGAACUCCGCUCAUCUAAUCAAAUAACUUUAUAUCUUUUAGUCGGUCACGUCAUGUGACGGCCCCUCCCCCACGCCUGUCCUUUACCAUUGCUGGCUCGCAGCCUUUGACCGGGUGAAGGAAGAUGUAACGGCCCAUCUGUUCAGCUGCAACAUAUGGCCAGGCUGGCAGGGAAUAUAAAGCACAGAAAAGGUUUCAUGUUCUUUGCCGAACCUCGAGUCAAACGCUUUGGAGAAAGAAGUGACAAAACGUUGACAAACGGGACUCAGAGUUAUAGUAAAGUGAAAGUACUGGUCGUCUGUUAAAUAUGGGCUGUUUGGCUGGUGGUUCCCAGACUUUCUAUGUGAGAAUUUCACAGCAGAACUGUUAAAAGUUGUCACGCAUCUUUGAAUGCUUGAUGUCUGGUAGGAGGUUAGAAUCUCUCGGUGUGGGCUGCAGGCCAGGCGCUCAUGAGUAAAACCUUCUUAUUCAUUCUCACCACCCCUUCAUUACAUCUUUUCAUCUUAUCUUUUUCAAAACUCAAUGGGCAGUAGCAC